AUGCCACCCGCAGCCCCACCUUCCUACCCCCGUCCCGACUUCCUUCGCGAGGAUCUAACAUGGACGCCCCUCAACGGCCCAUGGUCAUUCCUUUUUGAUGACAACGACGUUGGCUUGACCCAAGGAUGGCAUUUAACCUCUCUCCCGGACAGGAUCACCGUGAACCCCACCAACACCAAUAGCGCCGAGAACACCGAAGCGCACAGCAUCACAGCCAAGAUAGCCGCCGGAACCCAAGAGCUGCUACAAGGUAAUGCGUUCAAGAAUGAACAUACUGUACAUGAGAAGAGAAACAUUCAGGUUCCUUACGUGUUCCAAUGUCCGGCCUCCGGCAUCGAGGAGACGGGCGUGCAUGAGGUGCUGUGGUACGAGAGGGUCAUUGCAGACCCGAGAGCCAUGGAAGAGAAGGCAGCUGGAAACCGUGUGGUGCUAAGAUUCGGUGCCGUCGACUACGAAGCUAAGAUCUGGCUUAAUGGGCGCUUCUUUGGUGGCCAUCGCGGUGGACAUGUGCCUUUUGACAUCGAUGUCACGGAUGCUUUCACGGAAGAGAAGGCUCAACGACUCACCAUCCGCGUAUUUGAUUCUGCGCAUGAUCUGACACAACCGCGAGGAAAGCAGUACUGGAAGGCCCAGCCAGAGAGCAUCUUUUACACACCCAGUGGCGGUAUCUGGCAAAGCGUGUGGCUCGAGUCAGUGCCUGUUGUGGCGAUUGGAGAUGCAAGCGCGGGCACGCUAUUCAAGAGCAAUGAUAUCGAGAGCGGCAAGCUGGUAGCUAGCAUCAAGAUUAUUGGAAGGCCUGCUGGACAUGCAUACAGUGUAGAGCUCGAAGCCAGCCUGGCAGGCGUGCCCGUCAGCAAGACAGAGAAGGUUGCUCUUCCACGAGACUCCGACACCGUAUCGUUGAGCACCAACAUGCGACUGUCUGACUCCCAGAUUUCGCAGUUGCCUGCAAGCCUAACAUCUACUGCUCCAACUUCCGACCCGUCAGCAUGGCUCAACAACCUAGCUCUCUGGUCUCCCGAGCACCCCACUCUAUACGAUCUGACUAUCCGUCUCUACGAUAAUGAAGACAAGGUCAUCGACCAAGUCCACACAACAACCGGAAUGCGUUCCCUCCACUGGGAUAACUCCACCUUCCGACUCAACAACCGUCCAUACUUCCAAGCGCUCUUCCUAGACCAAGGCUACUGGCCUGAAACCUUCAUGACACCUCCAUCUUCCGACGCAUUGAAGCUGGACAUUGAGUUGACCAAGAAGAUGGGCUUCAACGGAUGCCGCAAGCACCAGAAGGUCGAAGACCCACUAUUCCACUACUGGGCCGAUCGACUCGGACUACUAGUCUGGGGUGAAAUGGCAAACGCAUACGCGUUCUCCGAGGCGUAUGUAGAGCGAAUGGAUCAAGAAUGGCGAGAAGCGGUCUUGCGUGAUCGCAACCACCCUUGUGUCGUUGCUUGGACGCCAGUCAAUGAGUCCUGGGCGUACACCGAUCUGCAUACGAGCAAGCAGCAGAGAGACCACAUCAGGAGCUUGUACUAUGCGACCAAAGUGCUGGAUUCGACAAGACCCAUCAACGACAACUGUGGCUGGGAACACGUCAUCACUGACCUGACAACGUUCCAUGACUACGCCGACGCAGAUGAACUGACAAAGACUUGCUCGACAUUGGACGGUAUCAUGAAGAAGCAGUCGAACCGACCAACCUUCCUUGCACCCAUCGAGAGCUUGUCGGAUCCUGGGUCGAAACAUACUCCUGGUGCACCUGUUAUCUGCACAGAGUUUGGCGGUGUCAACAUUGCGCGAUCGGCUGCGGGUGAAGAGGAUAGGAAGAGGGACUGGGGUUACACCACUGCUACUGAUCCCAAGGACUUGCUAAAGCGCAUCGAAAAGAUGAUGGACGGAAUUGUAGACGGAGGGCAUUGCUGUGGGUUCGUGUAUACGCAGCUUACAGACAUUGAGCAAGAGGUGAACGGAGUAUACACACCGGACCGGAAAGAAAAGUUAGAUGCCGCUGAGGUGAGGAAAGUGGUUGAGCGCGUCAUUGAGAAGUACGCGCAAAUGCAUAAGUAG